UGUCCCACAGUGACAGCCCGCUCAACAGAGUGGGGCGUUCAGCUAAUCCGAAUUCCUCCCAAUCCCCAAAUUCCGAGUUCAUUCUCCUUGCCGGAGCUUUUGCAGAUUAGACAUCGAGCCAUACAUUCUCUGCUCCGUCUGCUUUUCCUCUUUUGCCCUUGUAGUACCAGCUUACUUACGCAUGUCUGUGCUCUAUCCUUCGACUUCCAUUUCUCUUCCCAUAAGCACGACUGGAACAAGGCUAGGGUUCUUGGGCUGCCAAGGUUUUCUCUUGCAGAAGAACUCAGAGAAAGUGAACAGUAAGGUUGUAAGGUUUCUACCUAUCGAGUGUUCGAAGGAUCGAAAUCGAGAACUGGUGCCGAGUCCCAAUGCCAUUGAUAAGAAAUUGAGCAAGAAGGCAGGGAAGAAGGAACAUCAUCUAUGGAAGAAACGAGAUUCAUCUGGGUCUGGACAGAAGGCUUUCCAUCUUGUUCGAAUUGUUUCAGAACUACCUAAUGAGAAGGAGGCCAUUUAUGGAGCAUUAGAUGAAUGGUCAGCUUGGGAGGCAGAAUUUCCAUUGAUUGCAGCAUCUAAAGCUCUUGUAAUUUUACGGAAGAGGAAUCAAUGGUUACGUGUAAUUCAGGUUGCAAAGUGGUUGCUCUCCAAAGGGCAAGGACUGACUAUGGGGACAUACGACACACUGUUAUUGGCAUUUGACAUGGAUAAAAGGGUAGAUGAGGCUGAAUCAUUAUGGAAGAUUAUUUUGCAUACACAUACUCGCUCUGUCUCAAAGCGGUUGUUUUCCAGGAUGAUCACCUUAUAUGACCAUCAUGGCAUGCCGGAUAAGAUAAUAGAGGUGUUUGCGGACAUGGAGGAGUUGGGAGUGAGACCUGAUGAAGACACUAUAAGGAAAGUCAGACACGCAUUCCAGAAAUUGGGCCAAGAAGAUAAGGUGAAACUGUUGCUCAGUAAAUACCGGCCAAAGUGGAAAUACCUCCACUUUAAUGGUGAACAGGUUAGGGUACGAAGAGAUGUGUGGGAUGGAUAAAUCCCAUUCAGCUAAUUGGAUUGUUCACUUGUCCGUCAAUGCUUAUAAUGUGAUGGUAGAUAAAAAGGCAUAUUCUUUUUUCAAUGAUAAAGAUACAAUUUAAAUUGGAGAUUACAAGCUUCUUUGUUACUCCUUAUUUCCAAUAUAAUUCUGUCUAUUGACAUCACAACAUCAGAAAAAGCCUUGAAUUUGGUGGAGUAACUGGAGUCUUGGACCCUUGGUGCCUUUGUGGAAUAUUUUAUUGGAUGUCUCUGAAGAGAUGCCUUUGUAGAAUAUGGAAAUGAGGGAUACGGAAAUGUGUCCUCUUGCUGUUGAACUCUGUAGAAUUAGGUUCAGUAUCUUGGCUUAUUUAAGAUGGGUUUCUGUAACUUGAAACAGAGGUAUCGACAAAGUCCAUCUACAUAUAUGCAUCAUUAGUUGAACAAUAGAGAAGAAUUCUGAUCGGUGGAGUGGUAGGAUACGAUUAAUGAUUUAUCCAACCAUUCUUUGCCAUACUUUUUCUUUCUUCUAGGAUACUUGAGCAGAAAUUUGUAAAUCACUAGCUCCAUGGUUACUUUAUGAAUAUGGAAUUAGUUUUCUGAGCUGUUGAAGGUGGGAUCACCGAAUCCAUGGUUCCUUUGUAAAACACCUGGUUCCUAUGUGUUUAUUGUAUCCUUAAGUGGAAGUACUACCAGUAGAGUCCAUAUACAUGCAAACAUCACCAAAAUUAAGCAAUGGACAAUUCUGAUGAAGCGACGAUGGGUUCUGAAGAAUUAGAUAUUUACCUGAAAACUUUCUUAGCCAGAAUUUUGUAAAGCGAAUGACUUAUGUACUUGACAAACUCGGAUUAUUGUGUUUCAUAUUUUUGAUGUUUCUGAAACUGGAACUCUUUUACCAAAAAUAAUUUGGAACUCAUAAUUGAUGACCCAAUCCCCCAGAUUUUUAAGACCCGCAUUGGGUAAUAGUACUUAUACUUGAUCAUCAUGUUUGCAGGGAUUCUGGUUCUGUUUUAGAUGCAUUCUAUAAGCAAUUGGAUUCACUUGAUUGUUUCAAUCCAUUGAAAAAGAUUCAGUAUUCUUUCUCAUUUUAGUAUGUAUUACAAGAAGCAUUGUCUCUAUCCAUGUAAUUGUUGAAGUUAUUAAACUUGAAUUGCUAUAGACUAUCUAGGAGUUACCUAAGCUACAACCUUGUGCAAGUGUUCACUAUAAUAAACCAUAAGCGUUUUAUUUUUUUUUUUAUUUUUGGAUAUUACAUAGUACACAUGACAGGGGACCAAGGGGUAGGGACAGGGCACAUGUGAGGCCCGCUAACCAUACCACAGAGAGCCUGAAGUUCCAUAGGUGGGCUUGAUCCCAUGCCUCCUUUUUUCGGAGGGUGGUCAAGUGACCAUCUCAACUACUGGGUAA